GCCAGAUGACAUUGAAAGAAGAGAGAGACUAGAAUGGGAACGGAAAUAGGAAUAAUAACUUGUUGAUAAGUUUUUUUUGCAUAACAGGUGUAUAUAUAUUUUUAAGUUAAAUUUGUUGUAUUACAGUACGAGAUUAUAAACAGGCUUUUACUGAGUCGGAAAAACUGUGAAAAAGUAAAAAUGACGGCAAAUGUCCCUCUGAUUGUAAGAGUGUUGGCUUCUUCGGUGUCAGUCGCCAACAGAGCUGGAAAAAUUGUUCGUGAUGUUAUGAGUAAAGGAGAACUAGGAAUCGUCGAAAAGGGUAAAGAUGACUAUCAAACUGAAGCAGACCGGUCUGCACAGCGCUGCAUUGUAGCAUCUCUUGCUGCACAGUAUCCCAAAGUGAACAUUAUUGGAGAAGAGGACCAGCCCGAUAAUGAGGGUGACAUUGCCAGUGACUUGAUUAUAUCUGAUGCUGACAAGGAGAUACUAGGGUUGGACUGCCCUAUUCAUCUUCAGGGUGUCAAAGAAGAGGAUAUAGUUGUCUGGGUUGAUCCCCUUGACGGCACUUCAGAGUACACUCAAGGUGCGCUUAUGUUGAAGAGAGAUCCAUGGGAAAGAUGGAAAAUGUACUUAACUCAUCCUUUUAUAAGUAUCAAGUGGUAUUUAAGUUUGCUCCAAUCAAAUUAUGGUUUUCUUGAACAUGUGACGGUUUUGAUUGGUAUAUCUGUCAAUGAAAAACCUGUGGCAGGUGUUAUUCAUCAGCCCUAUUAUAAGACCAUGUUAGGUGGUGAGAAGAUAAUAGGUAGAACCAUAUGGGGCCUACAAGAGGUAGGAGUGGGGGGAUUUACGCCAGCCCCUCCACCUGACUCCCUCAUUAUUACCACCACCAGAAGUCAUUCCAAUCCACUAGUUGAGAAGGCACUCCAAGUUAUGAAUGCUGCACAGGUCCUAAGGGUUGGUGGUGCAGGUUAUAAGGUUUUGCAACUGUUAGAAGGCAAGGCGUCAAUUUAUGUCUUUGCUAGCAGCGGGUGCAAAAAAUGGGAUACUUGUGCACCAGAAGCAGUGUUAACCGCCGCCGGUGGUAAGCUGACUGACAUUCUCGGCGACUUCUACAAAUACGGGGGAGGAGAGUCAAAGCCAAAUAAAACUGGAGUCUUGGCAGCUGUCAAUGGAGAACUGCACAACUAUGCCUUGAAGAGAAUACCGCAAGAGUUGAAAGAUGCACUUGCUAAUAAAUAAUGUCAUAAAAACUAUUGGUGAUUGGUAUUAAAAUGCAGCUCAUUAAAUCAAUAUAAUUGGAACUAGUAUUUGUCUUUACAGUGAAAUAUAUUUACAAACAAAACAGUAACUUUAUUGAAAAAAUCAACAUACUUAAAACUUCUUACUGGAAUAAAAAAAAACAUUAUAUUAUUAUAUGAGGUAUUUUCAAAUUGUGAUAAAAAACUUUGGGUUAUUAAAGCUUGCUUUUAUA